AUGGGAUUUUUCAAACGGGAUGACGCCAGCACGUGCUCGGACGAGUCGAGUAGCGAAAUUUUCAAAAGCAUACCCAAGGGCAGCACUGCCUUUUGUAUAUGGAAGAUCGAGGGUAUGCGAGCGAUUUCGUUGGGCCGAACAAAGAUGGGAACUUUCCUCUCGGACUCGGCCUAUCUGAUCUACGCGGCCUCGGCGCGCGAUGGCCCGCUACCUUAUCCCGGCAUGCCCACAAAAGAGCUGAAGGAGAGCCAGUCGGUGCGGGCCAUCCACUUCUGGGUGGGCGAGCACUGCGAGGCAAGCGUCUCCGGGGCAGCGGCACUGCGAGCAGCCGAGCUGGACUCGCAGCUAAACUCGGGAGCCCUGCUGAUGCGCGAGGCCCAGGGUCGCGAGAGCUCGCGCCUCCUUGGAUACUUCAGGCAGGGUUACCUAGUGUUCGAGCAACCGCCGCUGCUCGACGAUUCGCCGGCAGUCGUCGAGUGCUCGGCCCACCGGCUUGGAGGCACCGCGGUACCCGUGCUCACGGAACUCAGGCCCGUCGACUGGAGCAACUUCUCGUCGCGGGACGUCAUUGUCAUCGACGUUCGCGCCAGAUCGGUAAUCUUCCUGUGGCUGGGCUCGAACUCCGAACCAUUGCACAAGAGCCACGCUUUGAAGCUGAUAGACGAGCGCAAGAAAAACAGUAGCAGCAAUAACAACAACAAUAGCACCGUGGAAACGCGUGUCUUCGUCGUCGAGGACGGCUACGAGCAGACCCUCCAGCCGGAGGCUCGCAAGCUCUUCGACGAGAUUCUCGAUCCGAAGCGGCGCUUCGUUUCCCCGAAGCCGCUCGUCCAGACCUACCUGCCCGCGAGCAGCAUUAAACUGUACAAGUGCAACGAGCAGACGGGCAAGUACAAGGUGGCCGAGCUGAAAUCCGGUCCGAUCUUCCGCAGCGACCUCGAGAGCGACUCCGUCUUCCUGCUGGACCGUGGUGAGGCCGGCGUCUGGGCCUGGGUGGGCCGAGACGCGAGCUCCAAGGAGCGCCUCGAGGCGGUGCGCAACGCCCGAGGCUUCGUGAAGAAAAAAGGCUACAGCCCGAGCGUGCCCGUGGGCCGAGCUCUAGAGGAGCACGAGCCGGUGGAGAUGCGGUGUUGGGUGAGGGGAUGGGCCGAGUCCAGGUCCAGGCCGCUGAUGCUGCCCGCGAGCUUCGAGCCCGACUACAUGAGCGAGAGGCCCAAACUGGCCGCCGAGUGCCAGCUCGUCGACGACGGUAGCGCCGAACGCGUGCUCUGGAGACUGGACAGCCGGACGGCUGAGGGGCUGGUGCUCGUUCCCGACGGCGAUGGCCAACCGGUGUGCUUCUACGCCGAGGCUUGCUACGUGCUGAGCUACAAGUACGGGUACGGCCGCAGGAGCAGGAGCAUCGUGUACUGUUGGGAAGGAGUUCAUUCGCCGUGCAACGACAGAGAGUUGGCAAUCGAGGCAGCCUGCGCUCUGGCGGAGGAAGAGUCGGCGCAAUUGGUGCGAACGUCGCAGGGCAAGGAGCCGGCUCAUCUGCUGCAGAUUUACAACGGCAAAUUGAUCAUACUAGCCGGGCCCCAUCGCGAUGCUCCACCCAAAAAGUAUCUCGUUCGAGUUUACGGCUCGACCCCGUACACGUCUAAAGCCCUGGAGCGACCAUUGCGCGCAAGCAGUCUGGACUCGGGCGGUGUCUUUAUCUUGCACUCCAGUUCGCCCAUGGUCUGGUGCGGCAGUCGCAGUACCGGCGAUGCCAGGGAGGCGUCACGAAGGCUAGUGCCGAUUUCGGUGCCCCUCGUUUGUGAGGGCAAGGAGGACGACGAGUUCUGGGCUCAGCUUGGAGGCAAGGGUAUCGGCAAGAUGGAAAGCUCCAACGCCGAGGGAGAAGAGAUGGAAAAGCACUUUUACCAUUUGAAGACGGAAAAAGAGAUGUUUGUCGGCGAAGAGGUACUCGGAUUCACGCAAAAUAGUCUCCUACCGGAAGCCACUUGGCUUCUCGAUAUUGGAAACGUCAUAUGGGUUUGGAUCGGUAAUUACAGUGUCUCGAAACCCCUAAAGGAUUACGUGCAGGACGCAAAAAUCUUUCUCUACACUCAUCCUGCCAGUCGAGAUCGCGAUACGAUAAUAUCGAUCACCAAACAAGGUCUGGAACCACCAACAUUUAUAGGACUAUUUGACAACUGGAAUCAUAAUCUGUUAAGAGAUUAUCGGCCCUUUGAAUCGCUAAGAACGAGCGUUCAAGAACGAAAUGGACUAACAAACGAUAUAAUGGCCAUAAAAAUGGCCUCUGAAUUUGACAAUUUCGUCAAGUAUCCGCUGAUACUUUUGAAGAGCGACCCCGAUAAACUUCCUGCUGGCGUCAACGUUUCGCGCAAAGAGAUGCACCUGACCUUCGACGAUUUCAUGUCAGUCUUCAAAAUGGAACCGGCUGAAUUUGAAAAGUUACCGGCUUGGCGACGCCAACGACUGAAACAGACAGCCGGACUGUUUUGA